AUGACUACCCCCUUGCCGACCGAGGAUCGCCCGGAAGAGGCUUCCACCGUCAUCGCGCCGACCACACAAGAAUCUCAGACCCAAAACACCAAUCCCGUAGCCACACCACCGGAAGCAGUGCCCGCACCAGCACCAGCACCUGUACAACCACAAAAAGCAGCUGCUGAAGAUGACGAAGACUCAGAUUUCGAUGAGCUAGAUGACGUUCUCGACGACUUCAACAAACCCAAACCCGCCCCUCCUGCAAACCCACCCACCAUCGCAAACCCCUCGACAGGAAUCGCGCCCGCAGACUUCGACGAAGAUGCCUUCCUCAAGCAACUGGAACAAGACAUGGCGAGCAUGAUGGGACCAAGCGGGAACGCAACAAGCUCCGACCCCAACUUCCAAGCAACAGUCGACCAAGGCGCGGACGUAUUCGCAAAACAGCUCGAGGAGAGCGGGAUCGCGCCAGGCGAUUUCCUCAAACAGCUUCUCGCCGACGUAAUGGCCGAGGAGGGCGGUGCUGGACCUUCAGCGGAGAAUCUCGCAGCUGCCGCUGCCGCGGCUGGAAUCUCUGCUCCUACUCAGACAUCAUCUACUCCGGCUGCGGCUGCAGGCGAACAACCCGACUCAUUCAACGACGCCAUCAAGCGCACAAUGGGGCGGAUGAAAGAAAGUGGUGAUAAAGCUACCGCUGCUGUAAAUGAAGAUGAUAUCUCCGAUGAUAUGCUAGCGCAACUACUUAAGGCUGUUGAGGCGGGUGCAUCGGGUGCUGGUGAAGACGGAGAUCUGUCGAAGAUGUUCAUGGGUAUGAUGGAGCAGCUGUCUAACAAGGAGAUGUUGUAUGAGCCGAUGAAGGAAUUGGAUGUUAAGUUCGGGCCGUGGAUUGAGAAGAAUAAGGGUAGUGGGAAGGUUUCCGCUGAGGAUAUGGAGCGGUUCGAGACGCAGGCGCGUGUUGUUAAGCAGAUUGUGGCGAAGUUCGAGGAGAAGGGAUUCUCGGAUGAUGAUCCUAAGUGUCGGGAGUAUGUGUGGGAGAGGAUGCAGGAGAUGCAAGCGGCUGGAAGUCCACCUGAGGAACUAGUCUCGAAUCCCCUCAUGGAUGACCUGGGAAGUGCUGGAGCUGGCGUGCCUGAUUGCCCGCAGCAGUGA